AUGUCCACGUGGAAAGCCAGGCUUGCCAAAAGACUGACCUUCCUGCCUGGAAGGAUGCACCCUUUUCCUUGCUCUGCCCUGCUGACUUGUUUUGGGAGCACACAGGACAACCCGCCCUUUGAUCAACCCAGCGUAGUGGACACACAAGCCACUGUCUGUGGGCAACCAUUGUCCAAAGCCAGCCGGCAUGCAGGUUCCACGAAAGGGGCGGAAAUUGCUCCAGAGCCCUGGCAAGAUUCGGGCUCCCAUGUGGAGAAAAAUGGUGGUACCAGGAAGAAUGCAAGUAACCACAACUCUGCACAGCCUGCCCAGCACCCCCAGGAUUUGCCUGGCCCCCUGGAUGGAGAAGCAGCUACUUUUCAGACGUCCAUUCCCCGACCAUCCAUCAUUGAAAUGCCAACGGAGGAAGAAGGAAGAGAAAGGACAAGCUGUCUUGACUUGGCUGAAAAAAUCACUCCUGACAGCCUACGUGAGAAUUCUGACCCAAAGGACACACAUCUCCCGAAAAGUGUCAUGGCCGAGCCAGGCUAUCUGGAGGAUGACAAUCCCGAGCUCAUCCGGCCCCAGAAGUUAGUCAAUCCCGUCAAGACAUCCCGGAACCACCAGGAUCUGCAUCGAGAGCUUCUCAUGAAUCAGAAGAGGGGUCUUGCCCCGCAGAAUAAGCCAGAGCUACAGAAGGUGAUGGAAAAGAGAAAACGGGACCAAGUGAUGAAGCAGAAAGAGGAAGCAGCGCAAAAGAAGAAAUCAGACCUGGAACUGGAGCUGCUCAAGCGACAGCAGAAGCUGGAGCAGGUUGAACUGGAGAAGCAGAAGAUGUUAGAAGAGCAGGAAAAUGCACCCGAGUUUGUGAAGGUCAAAGGCAAUCUCAGGAGGACAGGCCAGGAGGUGGCGCCGGUACAGGAGUCAUAGGCAUGAGGGCAGAGUGUCGGGGCCUGCACCCAGCUCAGCCUGCCCCGCCAGCGCUCUGGGACUCGAGCAAGGACUGGCGCCCUUCCCUCCGCUCCGGUGGACCUGUCACUGUUUUCCUAUUCGCCAAAUGCACAACAGUGACCAGCGCAUAUGCUGGGACAACCCACCUGUGCCAGGCCGUAGAGGAGAAGGACCUGGAAUCUAUGCCCGUGAGGUGGCCGAGCUUAGCAGGACACUUUCUCCGCUGGAGCCUAAGCCUGGUCGCAUUACUUCCCUCUUACUGUACAUCAUUCAAUAGGUCCUUUGGGUGUGUUCUUUAGGCCACAUCCGGUAUUUGCUGAUUGCCGGUGGAAGAUUCUAGAAUGUUUCCAUCUUACAUCUGCUGUCACCCACAUUAGGGUGAAUUCACCCACGCAUAACUGGGGCACACAGCCAGGCCCCGGGAUACCUUGGGCAACAGCAGUAGAUCUGAUAGAUCUGAAGGGUCAAAUAUUUGGAAAUUGAGUGGGCAUCUUAUUGGUUUUAUUUCCACUCGUUUCAGCUGCAAAUGUCUCAUCUUCACCGGCUUUACACGGUGCCUGAUUCUAUUCCAGGAAAGACCCUCCAGUACUUUGCUCACUGUUAUGAGCUCUUAUUUUGCUUGACCUCAAAAUUUCUUGCUGAGCUAUGAAAAGGUCUCCCUGUUGUUGAAGGGGAAAUAAAGUCGAAUCUGUGCAGCCCA